AUGGCCUCUCGGCAAGCAUAUGCUCCAACUCCUCAUAGCUACGUGCCCAAUACCACUAUCUCCGCAACAAUCAAUCUCGACGAGGAGGUGAAACUAACUGAGACGCGAGCCGAACGCGACUUACAGGAUUCCCUUGCCGAGAUCUUCUCCAUCAUUGUCACGCUGGACGAGCUUGAGAGGGCCUUCCUCAAGGACGCCAUCCCCGAGUCUGACUACACCGAUAUAUGCGAACGGUCUUUGAAGCAGUAUAAAUCCAUCUUAGCCGAUGAUACCGUAGCUAAAGCGUUUGUGGGUCUUGAGGAAUUCAAAGCCGAAUGGGACCUUGAAGUACCGAGAGCAACAGAACGGUUGAAAGUCGGCAUGCCUUCGACAGCUGUCACUGCUUCAACGGGUACCGCCCCUCAGCCAACAGUAGCUACUGACAGCAAAUCCGGGCAGCUCAUCUUGAAGGCGACGGAAGAUUUCAUCACCUUUUUGGACGCACUUCGCCUGGGACUUCUUGCGAAGGACCAAUUACAUCCUCUCUUGACAGACAUAAUACAGAGUGCUAACAAAGUCACCGACCGGGACUUUGAAAACAGGGGCAAGAUAAUACAAUGGUUAAUCACUUUAAACCAAAUGAAGGCGACGGAGGAGUUGUCGGAACACCAAGCUCGGGAGCUCGAGUUAGAUAUCAACUCUGCGUAUGUGGGGUUCAAGAACGCCCUCUAA